AGAUUUAACAUAUUUAAAGCCGUUUUUAGCGUAAUACUUGAAUUUGAGGGCAAUGUUUGGUUAAUAUAGAACGUAUUACAAGCGUUUCACAAAAUUGGAAACAAGCUAUAGACAUCUAAUUAAAAAACCUUAUAUACGCAGUAGGAUGGAGAUGGCAAGUGGGCGUUCCCGUAAAUCGGAUAUUCAGUAGCACUUUACGCACAUACUAUGAUCAGUUGUUUUGUAAGCUACAUACUCGGAUGCUUUCAUGUGACUCGUAUACUCGUGUAACAUACCUAUAUUGUUGGUUAAAUUAAAAUUACUGCAUUGUGCAGUAUUAAGCUUCAGUAAUAAUACUUCUAUACGUGCAGUUAUUUCCAAUGACCAAAAAAUAUUAUUUUAUCUACAUCUAUAUCACAAGUAUCUUAACCUCCCUAUUAAAUAUUCAGAAACAAUAAACUAAUGGCCUAUAUUAACAAACCUGUAUCUGUAGGUGCAUUGUAAUUUUAACUUUACUUUAUCGAUAACUGAUACCUUGAUUACAUUCAAAUUUACAACAUCUCUGAAAAAUAAAGAAAUUUUAUUUGGCCGCUAUUCUGAUAUGUAGUGUCAGUUGCAAAAAAAUUUGACAAAUUUCGCAUAUCACUUGAUAUAUGGCAGUCGGCCCCGGCUCUACUUUAUCUCUAAAUAAAAACAACGGAUGCGUGACAUGCGCAAAAAGUAUGCAUUAAUACCACCAUUUUGACGUUUAAUUAGUUUGUAUGUAUAAAAUUACUUUGUUUGGUUGAAUCAUAUGAUAUUGAUGUAGAUAAAGCAGUAUAUGUAACUGUUCAUAGUUAGGCAUUAAAAUACUCGUGUGAUCCUUUUAUGAAACUCAUUUCAUCCUUUCCAUGAACCCACACUCGUAUUUUAAUGCCUUUCAUUAUGUAGCAGUCACAUGAACUAUUAUUAUACUCGUAAUGUAAUCUGAUCAACACAAAAACCACAGUUUGUCUGGCAUUACGGCUUUGCCAAGACGAGCAAAGCGAAGUGCAAGGGCACUAUGUACCUAUACCUUUCCUCGAAUCGAUUCGUCGUUUUUAUGAACCCUCAUAACUUAGUGGAUACGAUGUUAAUAGUGGACUUAUUAAACAUAUUUUUUUAAUACUACGUCGGUAGCAAACAAUCAUACGGCCCGUCUGAUUGCAAGCAGUCACCGUGGCCUGUGGACGCCUGGAACUCCAGAGAUGUUACAUGCGCGUUGCCGACCCUAAACAGCUAUACUACGUGUAACUAAGAUCUUAUUAAUGUUGUCACUUGAUCGAACAUUAGACAUAGCUCAUGUUUUGCGUUUUAAAAUAGUUUGUGUAGUUUUUUAUUUAGUAGUGAACCCCUAGUGUAAAUUUAUUCGAUAGCGUAACGUGACGUACGCGUUUGCAUUAAGUCUAAUUUUGUAUGGGAUUUAGAAACAGCGCGCCAAGCGACACGUCACGCUAUCGAAUAAAUUUACACUAGGGGUUCAGAUCAGCAAUAUCAACUAUGUGUUUGAUGUAGCUAUAUUAAAGUUUCAUUGUCAUGUUAGCCAUAACGUUUAAAUAUGUCCUUACGAAAUAUUUAAAGAGGCAGCACGGGAGGGCCGGGCCGCGGGAUUGGCACUCACGGCCGGAGUGCGAGUGUGAGAGCGAGCACCUGCCCUCCCUAGACCGCUCGGCGCCGCCGCCCGCCGCCACCUCCUUGGCCGCUCGAAAGGCCUCGCCUGCCGUCACAGCAGUUUCAGCCAGUCGCGCUUCGCGCAUCACGCGUGAGACUCGCUCUACGCGGCUCCACGCUUGACGUCUCGGUCGCAUUUUCAAUCUUCCACUCAAAAUUAUUACUGGAAUCUAUUUUGUUUUAUUAACUCUUUUGUAAUUUCAGUAUCUGUAGGUGUGUUACACUUAAUACUUGAUCUUUAGAUACAAUUUCACUGACCUCGUUCUGUUUUCAAUCCAUUAUCCAUUUUUUGUGCCAUAUCACCAAAUUUCAUGUCACGAAUUGGAUAACAAUUGGGUUAUAACAUCAAGUCGGUGCCUGGUUCUGUGCGCUGAUAGUCGCGGUGAAAUGGAGUCGUGGGCCGGAGCCCUGCGGGGUGCUUUGCACCGUGGGGGCGACGUCGACGAUCUCAUGGCCCGGCUAUCAUGUGGAGAUCAUCAAUGGUACUCAGCAACACACGCCCGGCCAACGUUUUGCAACGUGUGCCGCGAGCCGUUCGGCGCGCUGGGCACAGCACACGCGUUAGCCUGCGAGUUGUGCAAGUUCAGGGCCCACAAGCGAUGCGCCGCGCGCGCUCCUCCUUCCUGCAAGUGGAGCACGCUUGCUUCUCUCGGUCCGCACUUAGUCGAGGACGCUGAAGGAAAUAUAAUCAUGCCUCAUCAAUGGUUAGAAGGCAAUCUACCAGUAGCCGCUAAAUGUGACAUAUGUGAUAAGACCUGUGGUUCAGUACUUAGGUUGCAAGACUUUAGAUGUGUAUGGUGCCGCAAAAGUGUCCACGCUGCAUGUAAGCCUAGCUGGCGCGCCGUGUGCUCUCUGGGUGCCGCCCGAGCCUCCGUCGUGCCGCCCACCCGGCUACAUUCUAUUGGUCCAGAUGAUGCCUGGGUUCCAGAUAGGCCUACUAACGCGUCGCCUCUUAUUGUUUUUGUGAAUUCUCGAUCAGGGGACAACCAAGGAGUCAAGUUUCUCCGUCGUUUCAAACAACUUCUGAACCCGGCGCAAGUGUUUGAGCUGAGUGGCGCCGGUCCGCGACUCGGCCUGCGACUGUUCCGACACUUCGCGCCGCUGCGCGUCCUCGUGUGCUCCGGUGAUGGCUCCGUGGGCUGGGUGCUUCAGGAGAUAGACAAACUUGAUAUGCAUCAGCGUCAAGUUCAGACCGCCGUGCUGCCCUUGGGCACCGGGAACGACCUGGCGCGUGUGUUGGGCUGGGGCGCGUCUUGCGAUGACGCCGCUAACCUGCAGCAGCUGCUGGAGCGCUACGAACGCGCUUCUACAAAAAUGCUCGACAGGUGGUCAAUAAUGACGUUCGAACGCGCUGUGUCUGCACCGCCGCCACCUCCUCCCGAACCGCCGGACAUCGUGGUGGAAAGUUCGUUGCUGAAUAGCCUCCAUGAAAUUAUGCAGGCGGGUGAAAUGAAUGGCUCCGCCGGUUCUGCGUUGCGGUCGGGUUGCGCACAGCUGGCAUCAGCCGGAGAGCGCGCGGGCGGUGCAGCGGCGCGCGCUGCUCAUCGACUGCGCCGCUCCGUGUCGCUGCUGCUGCACGCACGGGCACAUCUUGCGCACGAUCAUGCACGUUGCCGGUUUUGGGAGCCUGGAGAUACUACAAGCGACAGCGAAAGCGAGACAGCUGCGCCAGUCACUGAAAAAGGGAGCAUUGAAAAGACAGAAAAGGAGCAGCUCAACUGGGAGGCGCGGGGUUGCGCGCUGGCGGGCCGCGCUGACAGCGUCCGGCGCGCCCUUCGUUCCUUAAUGCACACGCUCUCGCAGCUCUACCCCCAGGGUGUAGCAUUAUGCGAAGCGUGCGGUAGCGACGGAGGCGGCGAGAGCGCCGAGGUUGAGGCGUCGACACUGCCUGUCCCGCGAGCCUUCGCCGACAGCCGUCGUUCCUCGGCCACAUCUGCUGUCUCGGCCGCUUCUUUACAUCCUGAUAACAUUCCGGACGUAGAUGAGGAUAUAGUCAAACUUAUAACUCCAAUGUUCAACUUCGAUGUGGAUAACAAGGUAGAGCAAAAAAAUAGUAUUACGAUAAGUCAAGCUCGUCUAUCAGUCACAAACCUACUGACAUGUAAUGCUAGCUCAUGCAAAAAUUUGCAUAAAUUGGAACCAGACACUGAUCAGGAAUCCAGUAUUAGUAGUAACUUAAUGAUACCAAACUUGGUUGUCUCAGAUCUUAGCGAUAAGAGAGAUUCGAUAUUACAGGGAGAAACUUAUGAAUCGGACCAAUUGACUAUUAUAGAUAUAGACAAACCGUAUACUGAUGAUGUUCACUUUCAAGAAUUGAUACAAUGCGUAAUGGCAGGGAGCGGAGAAUGUACUCCAGACAGAAGGCCUUCUAGUGUAGACUUGGAAUUAUAUGACGAUGAUGAUGACGACGACGAUGACACAAGUUCAGAGGGUUCAAAUAUGAGCGAUGAUUUUAGUCUAAUUUCUGAAAUCAUGGAAACUAAACCCAGUGACCUCAAUGAAAUCGAAGGUUUAGGUGGAAUUGGACAUAUUGAUUCACCUGAAGCUUCUGAUACGACAUAUGUAAACUCUGAAACACUACAUGGUGAGUCGAUCGUGGAUGAUAUAAGCUCCAUGCUAGGACAAGAUGUUCUGCUUGCGAUGUUGGGGAAAAAUGGUGAAAAUGAAACUUAUACAGAUGACACUACAUUGUUUACUUCCGACACAGUAUCAGAUUUAGCUAUGGACAGUCGAAAUCCAAGUUUGGAAAAAAAUAAGGAGGUAAAAUUAAAAUUUAAUUCUAGAGCCAAUUUUUCUAAAGAAAACGAUAUCGAUAAAUUUGGCUUUGAAAAUAAAGUAUUUUAUAUUGAAAAUUCAGGUAAACCGGACGAACAAAAAAAAUAUUGCAGCUUAGCACAUUUUGAAGAAGGAAAUGAUAUAGCCCGAAAAUCUUUUAAAAGGCAUUAUAAAAAGAAAAGUAUUAGAAAAGUGUGCCGGAGUGAUAACGGAAGUAUGAAAUUAUUAAUACCUAAAACAGCAGAGGUACUGAAACAAUUAGACGAAUCAUCGAAAAUUGGAGAGAAAUCUCAAAAUAACAUUUCAGGGUCUCUUUUUUUCGAUGAAUCAGACAAAAAAAAUAUCUCUGAGACUGACGUAGAUAAUGUUUCUACAUUUCCUAAAGUGAGUGUUGUCGUCGAACCUCCUUCUCCAUCCCACAGUGAGGAUAAAAAGAGCCUUAAGGCAUGCGCAAGCCGAAUGGCGUCUGUUUUAAGUGAUAUAUUUGAGCAAGGCAACGAUACUCUCAGCGCGAAUUCACCAGAACCUGGCUUAGAUUUAAACAGAGAAAGAAGGCAGUCAGAUAACCCUAAGUUACUGGGUUCGGAUCUGGAAUAUAGAAAGUUUCUGAGUUGUUCUCCAGCGGCAACUAGAAGAAUUUCCUGUGGGAGUCUAUUCAAACCUGGCGAACCAGACAAAUUGUCUUCCUCAGUGUCUUCCAUUUGGGGUGAAUCAGGUGCGACUGGAGGAGCUACCGGGUCUUCUAAGUCAGAUACCAGCGAACGUGCCAAGAAGCUACCAAUUAUUAAUCCACUGGUCCAAUUACCGGCCUGGCCUCACGUUAGACAAGGUUUUAUAAGCCAAUGUCUCUUGGCAAAUGCUGAUGCACUCUGUGCUGCCGUGAGCCCUUUAAUGGACCCUGACGAAACAUUGCUAGAAGGCUUCUACGAAAAAGCAGUUAUGAAUAACUAUUUUGGUAUUGGAAUCGAUGCUAAAAUAACACUGGAUUUCCAUAACAAACGGGAAGAACACCCUGAAAAAUGUCGUUCACGUGCAAGAAAUUACAUGUGGUACGGCGUACUUGGAUCUAAAGAGUGGGUGAACAAGACUUACAGGCACCUUGGACAACGAGUGCAACUAGAAUGCGAUGGACAACGUAUACCGCUGCCAGAACUGCAGGGGAUUGUCGUACUUAACAUAUCAUCAUUCAUGGGUGGGACGAAUUUUUGGGGAGGAACCAGGGGCGAUGAUAUUUUCUUAGCCCCAUCUUUCGAUGACCGUAUCCUAGAGGUGGUGGCAGUAUUUGGAUCAGCACAAAUGGCCGCGUCCCGCCUCAUCAAUUUGCAGAAGCAUCGCAUUGCCCAGUGCCGCGCAGUGCAAAUCAAUAUUCUUGGUGAUGAAUGCGUGCCCGUACAAGUGGACGGCGAGGCCUGGCUGCAGCCGCCGGGCUGUGUGCGAAUCAUUCACAAGAACAGAGCGCAAAUGAUGUGCCGCUCGCGCGCGCUCGAGACAAGCCUUAGAGCUUGGGACGAGAAGCAACAAAUGAAGGCACACGCAGCGUCAGGCUCAGCGGCAACCUCGGCAGCGUCACAGUCGGCGCGCGCGCCACUGUCUGCCGCCGAAAACGCGGCGCUUCUGGCCCUGCUCGACGACGUCAAUACACUUGUCAAACACGUAAAGCUGUCGUGCAUCAGCGAGGGCGCCGUGACCGGGAGCGCCGCGGCAAGCGUGGCCCAAGCGCGUCGUGUAGCCGCCCGCGCCGAUGCUCUACAAGACUCUGAGGGUCGGCUCCUGCCCCCACCUUUGCUGCGACGCUUACUUGCAGCCCUGGUGGAAAGCUGUCAUGAGCUGGUUGAGGAUCCCGUGGCAGUAGGCGUCGGUGCGACGGCUGCGCUGCGGGCACACUUAGCUCGCUGCGAUAUUCACGACGGACACGCAUUCCUGCAGGUAGACGAGGCACCAAAGAAGGGCAGUGGCCGUAAUUGGCUAAGAGGACGCCGCAGUGUAUCAGAAGGAGGGUCUACAACGUCACACGGCGGCGCCCAAGUUCGUUCUUGGGGUAUCAAGGAAGUUCAGGCAUGGCUGGAGUCUCUGCAGCUGGGAGAAUAUUGCGAUGUAUUUGCCAAGCAUGACGUUACGGGCCGGGAACUAUUGUCAUUAGCGAGGCGGGAUUUGCGUGAUCUCGGUAUUACAAAAGUCGGCCAUGUCAAGAGAAUUCUGCAGGCCGUGAAAGAACUCCAGUGACACCCGCGCGGCCGCUCCGAAGAGCGAAGCAAGUCGAGUUUCAAUGUUUUACUCCAUUAAACAUUAACACGUAUCAAGAGUUUUUACUCACUAAAGACAACGUAAAUAUAAUAAUAUCUACAAGAAACGUGGUGAACUAACUCUUCUAAUUGUGUUUUGACAACUCAUGCUACUCGUAUCCAUUAUUGAAGAUCAAAGAAAAAUCGAGUAAAUUAUUUCUUAACCAAGUAUUUAUUUAGCUUUAUCACCUAGUUAUCUUUACCUACAAACCAAUCUUAAGAUGAAGCCUUGUUUUUAUGUCGACAGUUUAGAGUUUAGUGUCGUUUAACAUUAAAUUAUUAUACUGACGUUUAUACUUGCACUUAGUAAAAAACAUAUAUACUAUAUUUUUGAUGAAUAAUUCAGUAAUCAUUAUCUAUUCAAGGACAUUGGUGUAGGUAUGCGUCAAUAUGAAUUAAUGGCAUUACCUAAAUGGUUGCACAAAAAAGUGGCACUGCUGUCACGAUGUGUCAUGUAUUGUGUGCAAUAGCACAACAUUCCUUAUGUAUGCUUGAUAUGAUAUCUAUUAAGACUUGUUUUCUUAUAAUACAUGGUUUUGUGACCUUUUUAACCGACUUCAAUUUCAUAGAAAGAGGAGGUUCUGUAUAUGGUUGUGGCUAUUUUUUUUAGGAACUAUUGUCUAAAAAACGGUAACUAUUAAAUUCUAUCUACCAAUUUGCAAAAGACGACAGCUUUAGACUUUAGAAAAAAACCAGCUUCAAUUAUUUCUAAAACAAAACUUCGGCUCAUGUCCACAUGGCUAGGCUAUAGGUAUACAUAUAAAUAUACGUUAAAACAAAAUUUAGCUAAUUAGCUACAUAACUGAUACAAGAAUAUACUAAAAGACUGAGUAUUUGCGCGAGUGUGUUUCGUCGGUUGCGUGCAGCACGCGAGCGGCUGAGCCGUGAUGUUACACUGAUCUGUGUAAUGCUGACACCGCUUCUCGUUAGUGCUAAUGGCAUGCUCCCUUAAAUUCGGCCUUCGUUUUUUCUUCCAUUUAUUAAAUAAGUAGGUCUUCUCGCCUCUAUUCACUCUAUGCAAUAAAUGAUAUCUUAUCUUAUCUUAUCGUGUCUUGAAAACAUCAUAACGAUUGAAACUUGCGCAUCUCGUUUUAGACAUCACCCCCUGCAAGGUUGAACACAUUCAUGAAUAUGUGUGAAAGUGAUACCAUCAGUAAACACUCUUACAAAACCCUUAACGGUUUGAUCAGCUCUUGAUCUAAGCAACGUUAAGUACUUGUUAAUGUUAUGUCAAGCAUAGGUACAUCUUAUUAUAUUAUGGUUUUUAAAUAUUAUCUAUUUAUAUCUAAAAGUUGAUAAGAGAGUCAUGUAUACUAAAGUGUCUCUAAUUAGUUACUCAAUUUUUUUUUUGUUGAUACCUUUAUAUCUUAAAUUAGAAUAAUAAUAACAAUGUUUAACAUUAUUCUCAAUGGAUUAUACAUGAUUAUAUUGGUUAUAUAGGUAAUGUGUUUACAUAAGAUAAGCAUCAAUUAUACAAAAAUGUGCGAGUCACCUUAUGAUAUAAUUAUAAUUAUUAUAAACAUCGAUUUUUGAAACUUUUCUUGGUCUCUAUUCACUCGCUAUCCAAUCCACUGCGACGCGAUGGCUGACUUCAUCACUUGUAUACAACUUUCGUAGACAAGGAAUUAACAUCGAAAUCGCUACCUCCUUUUCUUUAACUCUACAAGACAUUCACGAUAACUUCUUUCGUAACUACACCAUCAGCCAUUUAGAUCGUAUUGUGGCUACUUACAUAUUUUUCUACUAGUCACUAUUAAAUUAUUAGAUUAAUAAACAUGUUCUAAAUAGUAUA